GGACGGGCACAGAGCACAGCAGGCCGUAAGCUACAUGUGGCCUGAAGAACGUUCAAUUUUGAUUUGACACAGUCCUCCCCGGGCCGCCCCCCUAGGGCGUUUCACCUGACGUGUUGGGAAUCUGCCCCAUUGCUGUGGGGAGGCAGCGCCCCCUGCUGCCUCCCCAGCUACCUCCCAUCCCCUUGCCCCACAUUCCAGGAGCAGCUGCUGUCCUAUCCCAUCCCUGCGGCAGCAGCUCGGUAGCGCCCCCCACUGGUAACCUGGCCUAGCUCGGGCGGCUCUGUUGCCUGCUGGGAUGUGGCAGCCCUAGCCAGGGUCAGAGCUCCACCCGCCUGGAGCCUAGGCAAAUCGGUCAAAUAUUGACUGUGGGCUGUGCAUCACGCUGAGCUAACGUGGCCAGGCUGGAGCCCCCGGGCUAGUGAAGAAGGCGGGCGAUCGGCGCCAGAAAUGGGCACCGAAUGCUGACCCGAGCAGAUGUUGCCCCCUUUCCCCAGCUUGCGAAUGGGCCGCGAAAUUCUCCGAUUUGUCCCAUCUUGAAGAUUCUUCAUGGAUCUCCCCGUCCCAGGCCCAGCACGCGCCCGAUGGCCCCCAGUCGGGCCCUGUGGGAUUAGCCGGGUCACCGUUUAGGUGACUGGCUGGAAAUUUUAUUCUCGAAUAGGCUGUUUAGAAUGUGGCCUUGGUGAAUAUUCCGGCUCCAAACUGGCUUUUGGAGGGAUGUGCCCUGGGGCGCUCUGGCACUUGGCGGCCCUCGUCUGUGGCCGGGAAAGGGACCGAAGGCGACUGCUUCAGAACUCGCCUUUGAAUUCAAACCAGGAUUCUCAGGCAGUUUGGACUCGGCUCUAAGAGGGAGGCUGGGCUGUUGGGACAGGCAAACCCGGCUGGCAGGCAGUUCAAGCCAAGGGAUCCGCGCAGCCGUGAGCUGAGAUGGUUUCUGUGCCAAUCGCCGCUUUGCCUCUGGAUGCCGAUUCCCCCGGAGCGGAGGAGUGUCUGGAAGAGGACGAGGAGGAGCUGGAGACGAGCGUGGAAGACCCGGAGAACGAAAGCGCCGGGAAGCCGGCCCCGGGGGGGCGCAGCUGCAUCCUCACCCGGCGCGGCAUCACGCUGCGAGUGCUGCUCAAGGACGGCCUGAUUGAGCCGGGGGAGGGCGUGCUCUCCAUCUACUACCUGGGGAAGAAGUUCCUAGGGGACUUGCUGCCCGACGGGAAGAUCACCUGGCAGGAGACGGGGCAGGUGUUUAAUUCGCCCAGCGCCUGGGCCACGUACUGCAAGAAGCUGGUGAACCCGGCGAAGAAAUCGGGCUGCGGCUGGGCCUCGGUGAGGUACAAGGGGCAGAAGCUGGACCAGUGCAAGGCGGCCUGGCUGAAGAAGCACCAGCCCAAUGCCCCCGCGGCCGAGGAGAGUUUGGUGAGCGAAGGGGAGGAGGAGGAGCUGGCCGAGGAGGACGAGGACGAGGCCCGGGAAGGUAAAAUCACCCUCUCGGAGCCUGCGCUUGGCAAGAAACUGGAGGAGAAAAGCAGGAAGCACCAAAGCAAGAGCCUGGUGGAGCAACACAACGCUGAUAACGGGCCCCAUGGGAAGAGACUGGAAAGCAAGAACCGCACUCCCGUCCGUUACUGCACGCUGGGAAGCCGGGACUCUGCCAGGAAUCCGCACACCCUGGUGGAAGUGACCUCCUUCGCAGCAAUCAACAAAUUCCAGCCGUUCAACGUGGCCAUCUCCAGUAAUGUGCUGCUGCUGCUGGACUUUCACAGCCACCUAACGAGGAGCGAGGUGGUUGGCUACCUGGGAGGCAGGUGGGACACCAGCAGCCAAGUGCUGACGGUGCUGCGAGCGUUCCCCUGCCGGACGCGCCUCGGAGACGCCGAAUCGGCAGCCGCCGUGGAGGAGGAGAUCUGCCAGAACCUCUUCAUGCGGGGGCUGGCACUGGUGGGCUGGUACCACAGCCACCCCUUCAGCCACGCCCUGCCCUCGCUGCAGGACAUCGACGCCCAGAUGGAUUACCAGCUCAAGCUGCAGGGCAGCAACAACCGCUUCCAGCCCUGCCUGGCGCUCAUCUGCGCACCGUACUAUCACGGCAACCAAGGCGUGGAGUCCAAAAUCUCGCCCUUCUGGGUCAUGCCACCUCCGGAGCAAAGGCCCAACGAUUACGGCAUCCCCAUGGAAGUGGAGGUCACCUACGUGCAGGACGGGUUUCUCACCAAUGACGUCCUCCAUGAGAUGAUGCUGCUGGUUGAGUUUUACAAAGGGGCUCCGGACCUGGUGAAGUUUCAAGAUACAUGGAGCCAGGAGCAGACCUACUUAGAUAAGCUAAAGGGCUCCCUCGCCUCCAGGACUCCCAAAGAUCAGGGCUUCGCCCACGUCCUGGAACAGAUCUACAGCCUCCUCAAGCAGAGCAGCUGAGGCAAGGCCGGAGCCUGAGUUGCAAUGAACUCAUACCCAGGUGCCUUUCCACCAGGUGGGGCUCAGCCUGGCAGCUCCAAGUUUGAGCCUGGUGCGGAGCUGUCUUAUUAAUCCGGGUUAGCAGGGACGUUGGAGCUACAAGCCUCGAGCAGCUGUUACACCGCAACAAAGGCCUGCGAGUUCGAGCCAUCGUGCAGACGGUAUUGGCGCUGGAGCUCGGGUGCGUUUGCUCCGUGGACCGCCUAGGCGAGUGCUACUCCUGCAAUAGGACGUUGUGGUGUAGCGUGUAGGUCCGAGCGAGAGGGGGCGGGGGCAGGCUCUCUCUGGGUGUAAGUUAUUUGUGGACGUGGUAGUUCUGAUUAAAAAAAAAGAAAAA